UUAAAAUAAAAUAUUUUAGUCAUAUUAAAUAAAACAAGUUUUUUAUUUGAUUUUUCAUUUCCCCCCUAGUCGCCAAAUUCAUCGAAAUUCACACACACACACACAUGUAUAAACAAUAGAGAGAGAGAGAGAGAGAGAGAGAGAGAGAGAGAGAGAGAGAACGCCACCCAACUGGCUGGCCAACUCCUUGCCAUUCUCCGGUAAUCUCUUUGUACACUCCGUCCACAACCAUGCUCGGACGAUGAAACAAAAAUCCCGAAAUUCCGUCGAUAAUCUACACGAAACCACAACUGGCGCCACCGGAGUUACGACGGACAUGAGGGUCAUAGUACCCUUACAAGGUGUAGUUCAAGGCGGAGGUGGCUUGGUGCUAGGCUCAAUCAUCCCCUGCGCUCUCUUCUACUUCUUACAACUCUAUCUAAAGGCCAAAAAUCCUUCCGACGACGUCCCCAACCCCUCACCACCGCCGCAACUGCCCGAGACUCCUCCUCCUCCUCCUCCUCCUGGUGGCCUGCAAAGGGUUCAUUCAGUAAGGUCGAUUUGGUCCCCACGUGGUACAAACGGUCAAGUUCAGGUUUCUACGAGGGCCAAUUCUGUCAUCAAACAUCCUGAUUCUCCGUACUAUGUUGGAUUAAAGAGGGCUUUUGAUAAUCUGUAUGAUGAGUCGAGUAAUCCAGAGGGGAUUAUUCAACUCGGAUUGGAUGAAAACAAGUUAUCCCUGGAUUUGAUUCAAGACUGGCUAGUGACGCAUACCAAGUGUUCGAUGAUUGGCCAAGAGUUACAAAUGGACAGAAUCAGUACUUAUCAUCCUUUCCAUGGAUCAUCAGAACUCAAACUGACAGUUGCAAGCUUUAUGUCUCAAGUUAUGGAAGGACACGUGUCAUUCAACCCAUCACAGAUAGUUUUAACAGCUGGAACAACACCUGCUCUUGAGAUGCUUGCUUUUUGCCUUGCUGACCCUGGAAAUGCAUUUCUUGUCCCCUCUCCAUAUUUCCCCGAGCUUGAUAGGGACAUAAAAUGGAGAACUGGGGUUGAAAUUAUACCUGUGCCAUGUCGUAGUUCAGACAAUUUUAGUUUACAUACAACUGCCCUUCAUCGAGCAUACAACCAAGCAAAAAAACGUGGCAUCAAAAUCCAAGGCUCAAAUGGUGACAAGAAUCAAGAAUUUGUCAGCAUGGCUGAAAUUGUCAAUUCUGAAGAGUAUGAUAGAAACAGAGUUCAUAUUGUUUACGGGUUGUCAAAAGACCUUUCUGCCCCUGGUUUACGAGUCGGGGUUGUUUAUUCGUUCGAUAAAAACGUGUUGGAGGCAUCGAAGAAAUUGACAAGAUUUUCAUCUGUGUCAUCUUUGAACCAAAGAAUGCUUGUUUCAAUGCUUAAUGAUUCAAGAUUUGUUGAAGGGUUUAUAAAGAUUAAUAGAGAGAGAGUUGAGAAAAUGAGUGAUCUUUUUGUGGGUGGUUUGAAGAGUUUGGGAAUUGAGUGUAUGAAAAGUGGUGGAGGGUUUUAUUGUUGGGCGGAUUUGAGUGGUUUUAUAAGGCCUUAUAGUGAAAAAGGUGAGCUUGAAUUGUGGGAAAAGUUGUUGAAUGUGGGAAAAGUCAAUUCUACCCCUGGAUCAUCUUGUCAUUGUGUAGAACCAGGGUGGUUUAGGUUUUGUUUUACAAAUUUGGAAGAAAAAGAGAUUCCAUUGGUUAUGGAAAGAAUCAAGAGAGUGUUGUGA